AACCAUUUAAACCUGACCAUAAUGGGAAAGCAGGCGUCAAGCAUGCAUAGCAGGUACUAGUAUAUCUCUCACUUGCCAUCGAUCAUUGUUUACAUGUGCCAAUGUUGCUUCUCCUCCAUUCUCGACACACUCUUCCAUUGUUCGUCCAGACAUUUACCCUCACCAACAUCCUCGUGCUGGCAGCACUACUCAUCCAGAACAGCAUUGGGACUACAUAGCAGAGUUGGUAUACCGACAUGGCUCUCUUCGCAACCUUCGCGAUGUUGCUGGGCAUCGCGGCCGCCUCCGUCGGCAUCACCAAAACCCCUUGUUCGACCGCAGCCCCUAUUACCGCAGCCAUUGCCAUGGCUCCACCUGUUGACAUGCCUACCUUGCCAACCACUAUCAACAGCGUCGUCUACGUCGCCAACACCAGCGUCAUUUACAACCGAGCCUGGGCUGCCAUGCAGACCCCGCAAGCUGAUCCGGCUUGCUGCUCGAAGAAAGCUCCCGAGUACAACAAGACAUUGUGUCGGUACGAACAGUGCAUGCGUGACUUCUACAAAGGCAAGACAGUCACGACUGUGUAUCCAGUCGCCACCAAUCAACCCGACCGUUACUGGUACACGGACGCUAUCAAGCUAACUGCAGGCAUGCCGCACUGGGGCACCAUGAAGAAGAACAAGGCCUACUAUCCGGCGACCAUGACAGCCUACAGCACUAUUUCCGGCUCCGCCACCGUUACCCACCAGCUUCCAGCUUUGGAAACUUCGCUCAAAGGACCGGUGAGAGCGCGUAUUGAUAAUCUGUACAACAAGCCUCCACCAUGCUGGGACGAGUCGACGUGCUGCUACUAUUGCUGGAGGCGUAGCCAGAAGGGCGGCUUCUUCCGCUUCAACAACCUGCUGGACCCCCACACCGCUGGUUUCUGGCUGUGGGUACCCGGAGUUGUCAUGACAGGCUUGAGUCUGCUCUGCUGCAUGCCACUCUUCGCUCACCGUCGCCGCAAGCGUGCCGCUGAUCAAGGUGCUGGAACUACCCCAGACCAGCAGACCCAGCAAAUCAUCUACACCACCUCCGACCGACGGACUGUGGUCUCUCCCGCUGCUGACGGAGGCAAUACCCAAGUCAUCACCACUACUACCCGCGAAGCCGUGGAUCCUGCUCUCAUCGCCGGCGGAGCCGGUGCUGCUGGUGCGGCUGCUGCAGCCAAUGAGAAGUCUCGUCGCUCCCACGGAGACAACGCCGGACAGACUACGACCACUAACACAACCACGAGCAAUAGCACUGAUCCAUCUGCUCAGGGACGUGACACAGCCACUUCUACUGGCGUCGACACCGGCUCUGUCCGCGGUCGCGGCACCGUCAGGCGUCAAGCGGAAGAGGGCCGUGCGCGUGUGCAGUUCGCUGAUGAAAAGGCAGGCCAGCUUGGCGAGAACGUGGUCAGGAGUGGGAAGGAGCCAGGGCAGGAGGUGGUCACUGUUGUGGAGAGUAAGGAGCAGUGAAGUCUUGAUAGGGUGCGGGCUGCGCUAACACGUACUGGCUCGGGAGUACGUGAGGAUGCUCUGAUUGUGUUCGGCUUCUUUUUUUUCGGUGACACGGCGCAGGGAUAGCGCGAACUAAUGUACUUAGCUUCCUCUUGUAUGCAGACGUAGUUGUGGUAACGGCGCGCUGGCUGGC